CAUUUUGUACCGGUCUGAGGGGGCUUGGCGUGUUUGUUCUGCUCGAAAUGAAUUUGUGACUUUGGCGUCGUGGUUGUGAUUUUUCAUGAGUUCUAUUGUGGAUAUUAUACUGGAUGGUCGUUGUGGUUGUCGGCGCUCUCUAUUUCUUGGACUGUGACAGGAGCCGGGUUGUGGUGGACUCAGCUUGAACUUUUAGUUGAGCACACAGCGUUCUUGCAAUUGGAUUUUAUUUCAGAGCCAUCAAUUUAGAAUGCUUCUCUGAUACAAGCUAAUUGCCACGCUUAUAUAUUUAGGUCAAUCAGUGAUAACUUUGUUGGGGGUUCCCUUCUGUUCGGGGUCUCUCCUUUUUCGGGAGGAUGGUGUUGCUCUUAGAGUUUAGAAGUAGUAUAAGUUUCAAAAUCAUUCUUAGCUCCACCUUGGUGUGUUUAUUAAAACACUGAAUAUCCAGUAUGGCAAAGGAGAGAAGAGAUAGUUCUUUGGCACAUGAUAGUGGCAGAACAUCAACUUAUCCAAGCAGUUCUAGUCGUGUCAGAAGAUCUACACCAAAAAAUCCUAUGGAAUCUGAAGAAAAUGCCAAAGAAUGGGAAGAAGCCAGGUGUCCUGUCUGCAUGGAUCAUCCUCACAAUGCAAUUCUCCUCAUUUGCUCAUCCCAUGAGAAGGGAUGCCGCCCUUACAUGUGCAACACUAGCUAUCGCCAUUCAAAUUGUCUCGAUCAGUUCUGCAAGUCAUUUGAAGAAACUUCACCAACAACUCCCCAGGUAGAGGUUCAGAUCUCAAACCCUGAGGUGACUCGGACCACUGAAGCAAAUCCUGUUGAUAUACAAGAUGAAGGAAGUGAGGGAUCUGUUACAAUUCACUCUUUAUCAUGCGAAGAUCAUUCAAAAGCAAAGUUGGUAUGUCCUCUUUGUCGGGGGCAAAUAAAAGAAAUGAAAGUUGUAGAGGCUGCUCGCCGUUUCAUGAAUGAAAAAUCAAGAAGCUGUUCCUGUGAGACAUGCAAUUUUAGUGGCACAUAUGCAGACCUCAGGAAGCAUGCAAGGCUUGAACAUCCUCUCGUGCGGCCAUCGGAGGUAGAUCCAGAACGGCAGCGCAACUGGAGACGGUUAGAGAGACAGAGGGAUCUUGGGGAUCUACUUAGCACACUGCAAUCUUCCUUUGGGGAAAAUAACAGGGCUGACGAUGGUCUCCUACCAAUAGAUGAUGGUGGCUUGCUAGCUGUAUUUUUUCUCAUUCUUCAACCUUCAUCUGUGAGGGGUUCCUCAGGAACCAGACUGCAAAUGCGCAUAAGAAGGAGAUCUAGUAGGCAUUGGGGAGAAACCUAUGAUGAGGGGCAAUCUGGAUCAUCCUCUAGAGAUGAUGAAAACGAAUCUUCAGAUGGUGGGUCUGGUACUUGGAGGCGCCGAGUUCGGAGACGGAUAACACCUGAGAAUGAGCCAUGAACUUCCAAAUGCAUCUAGUUGUUUACCUCGAAUGUUCCCAAGUGGGCCUUUUUUUUUCCUUCCCUUUUUUUUCCUGCCUUUGGAUAACCUUGUGAUUUUUCAAGUGGUGAUGAAUCAGUAGUGGCUCUCUAAGUUGAUUCUGUUUGUUACAGGUGGAACACAAGGAAUGAAAGGGGAAUUUUCGGAUUAUAUCCUCCAUUCUGCUCCAUUUCCCGUGGGACAGUUUUUGGAGGUUCUUCUUGUUAAAAGAAAUGGGAGAAAGUGUUAUUCAACGAGGAUUCCUCAUACUGUAUAUUUAAUUUAAUAUUUUUAUUCCUCCACAAUCAGUGCUGCGAUUUCUCGGAGAUUUAGAACAAUGGAUGUUGCAAAACUUGCAAUAAAAUCUACGCGCUUUAUCUCGUUGCA